GAUACCAUACGUUACGUACUGCAAUGUUCUUUACCUAGCUUCUGCAAAAACAUAAUCAUAACCUAGAACUCUUCUUCCUCCCUCUCCAAUGGAAAAUCCAUUCCCAGUUAUCAACCUUUACUAUUGUGCUCCUCACACUAUCAAUCUUCAAAUUAACACUGAUAAAGGUGCCACUUACGACGGAAAUGGUCGCCGUCGUUUUUAUAUCAAAUCUCCCCGUUUAACCCUUCACGACCGUUGUCUUUUGUGUGAUGAUGCCGGAAAUCCCAUCCUCACUCUAUAUUGGAAGAUCAUGACAAUGCACCGACGAUGCCAAGUUUUCAGGGGUGAAAGCAAUGAUUCCUCCGAAUUGCUCUUUUCGGUGAAAAAAUCAGAAUUGCUUCAGAGUGGAGUGAUGAGAUUAGAUGUCUUCCUCGCAAACAACAAAAAAGAAAGUGAGUGUGACUUUAGAGUAAACGUUGUGAGUGGCAAAAGAACAUGCCAUGUUUAUGCAGGUGAAUCUCCCACAGUUGUUGCCUCGAUGGAGAAUAAUGGUGGCUUCAAUGUCUUCGUGUAUCGCAACGUGGACUAUGCAUUCAUAGUGGCACUACUUAUGAUCGUUAAAGACAUCAGAUUCUUCUACGAUGAAGCGCGGAAAUUUGCAACAGGAGUGACGCCAGUGGCAUUGGGCAUUAUGAUGAGCUAAAGGAAUUCCCAAAUAAUUUUACUCCGAUUGUGGAAACAAAUUAAAAGUAAGUAAAGAUUGGUUUGAUUCAAGUUUGAAUGUAGAAAACAUUGGGUUUGGUUUUCGACCAUUUUCAUGUGUAUUUCCGAAGUGUAUGAAAUUAUGUUUAACUGCUUUUAUGUUUUAUAAGUAGGAUCGUGAAAUUACAAGUUUGAGAAUAUAUAAUAGUUUGUACUGGUUUAAGAAAUUAUUCUUCAGCGAUUUUAUAGGUGCAGGAAGCAGUACCCUUUUCUUUUAUCUGAAACGAGCCUGUCCCGGCCCAAUUGUAAGUCCCGGCCCAACCAAUAACCAUGUUCUUAUUUCUCUCAUAACUUUUAUAGCGAGCAUUUAAGUGUGAGCCAUGAAGAUCUCACUUCAC